AUGAGUCUUGUGGACGCCGUUGCUCGAGGCGAUUUGGCGGCCGUGGCCGAGUUCCUUCAUGACGGCGCCGAUCCCGACAGCCGCAACAAGAUUGGCGAGCCUGCGCUCUUCGUUGCAGUGAUGGAAGGGCACGUCAACAUUGCUGAGAUGCUCCUCAACGCCGGCGCGGCCGUCGACUUGGAGACACCGGGCGGCGCAACAGCGCUCAUGAUGUCACCGGCCUGUCGCUCUGCCGAGUUCGUGCAGUUGCUCUUGGACCGCGGCGCCGACGUCAACCACACCAACGGGAAUGCAACGACGCUAGCUGCUGCGGUGCAACUCGGCCUCGACGAUGUUGUUGAAGUCCUUCUGGCUGCUCGUGCCAACGUCAACGACAACAACACCUAUAACAAGGCAUCGCCGAUCGUGGUGGCAGCGGAGAGAGGCUUACAGACCCUUGCCUCGCGACUGCUCUUGGCUGGCGCCAAUCUGCAUAGCGUCGACAAGGAGGGGUAUGGAGCGGUCUUUCACGCUGCCAACCGUGGCCACGCCGACAUGAUUCGCUUUCUCGUCGACAAGGGAGCCGAUCCAAACACGACGGCUCCGAACGGAGUCACGCCAUUGUACGCUGCUUGCCUGCGGGGCCAUGUCGCCGCAGUGAUCGCUUUGCUGCAAGCUGGUGCCAACGUCAACCACCCAGACGCCGAUCCGUGCAUUGUCCCUGCUGCAGCCUACGACCACUCGACGAUCAUUUCGGUGCUGCUCAGUCACAACGUCGACGUGAACGCGGUGGACUUUACGUACCGCGCUACGGCACUGUAUGCGGCCGCCAUGAACGGUCACGUGGCAGUCGUGCGUCAGCUAGCGUAUGCGAGAGCCGAGCUCGACAAACCGGCCAGUGAUGGGUCGACACCUGUCAUGGUGGCGCGUGACAACUGCGUCCUGCAGGUCCUUCACGACGUACGCACCAAGAAAAUGGAGCUGCUGCAUGCAGCGCGCCACGGCAACGUGGCCGUCGUUCGGGCGCUAUUUGACGAGGGCUUGAGCGUCAACGAGAGAGACGAGCACGGCAAUACGCUCGUUCACUUGGCGCUUCUUGGUCGCGACGUUGCUCUUUUGACCGAACUCUUGAAGGAUCCCGCUGUCGACACGAGCUGCGUCAACAAGUUCCAUGAGUCGCCUACCGCCAUUGCCGCGAAGUCGGGUAUCCAGUCUCUCAUCCAGAAGCUGCACCACUGCCAGAACAAGCCGGUGGUUAAGGUGGCAACUCGCUCGACCGUGCAUCUCCAAGAAGUCGGCCGUGGUGGCUACGGCAUCGUCUUCAAGGACACGCUCUUUGGCCAAGAUGUCGCUGUCAAGAUGCUUUUGAACAGCAGCAGCAAGGCCAAGAACCUCCGUUACGAGAUCGAAAUCCUCGAAAACAACCCGUCGCCGUACCUUGUGCGGCUGCUCGCCACAGCAGACGCGAAAUCUGACGCGCCGCAGCUCAUCUUCGAGUACAUGGAUGGCGGCAACCUCACUUCGUACCUCGAAAAGCUGGCCAACGACGAGUCUGUACCCGUGGUGUACACGCCCAUUGAGAUUCUCUGGGUCGUCGCCAACGCUUUGAACGACCUCCACGCCAAGAACGUCGUUCAUCGCGACAUCAAGCCCGACAACAUCCUCCUCUCGUCCACGUACUACAUUAAAGUGGGCGACGUGGGCAUCGCCAAAGAAGAGUCAACGAACAUGACGACGGGUGCUGGCACGAGCAAGUGGCGAGCACCCGAAGUCCUCACGUCCGGAAGCCGCUAUGGCACGCCCGCCGACAUUUACUCGUUCGGGAUCCUCCUCCAGACGCUGUACCCUAACCCUACCGAUGCGAGUACCGAGUGGGCCCAAGCCCUCGCAGCGAAAUGCACGACGAUCGAUCCAACGCGCCGUCCGACGGCGGCCAAGCUCGUCGAUCUUUUGCGUCCUAUGUUGCAAUCAGAACCGCACCUCGUGACGUCGAUGCUUGCCUUUGAGCAAGACAGAGCGGAGGGUCUUCAAGUCCUCGAGACCAUUUCGAUGCCCACUGACGUCCAAGAUGCCGCGAUGCCAGGCAUGCCCGCGGCACCAAUCAUGCCCUCGAGGAUCGGGCGGCCCCAGAGUCCUCUCACUCCAGAGGAGGCGCUGCAUGUGGCCGUUGACACUGGCAAGUACGAUGACGUCCGGACCCUGCUGGCGAGCGGCGUCCACCCCGACUGCGCAACCAAUGGGCGGGAAACACCGCUGAUGAAAGCGGUACAUUUUGGCUACGGCGACAUUGCGGACUUGCUGCUCGAAUACCGUGCCAACGUCAACAUCGCUAUCUUUAAUGGCAUGACAGCGCUGCACAGCGCAGCAGGUCAGAGCGACAGUGCGAUGCUCGACAAGCUUCUUCGCAUCAAAAACGUCAACGUUAAAGGAGAGCCCAACGUACGUACGCCAAACGCCAUUGCAUGCUGCGAUUGCGGCCGGCACGUGGCCAAUGCGAUCGCUCUCUUGGACGCUGGGGCCGACCUCGAAGCGGCCGAUGAGGAAAUGGAACGACCGUUGCAUUUUGCAGCGAUAUACGGCCACAAGGACAUUGCAGCCGUCCUUCUCGCGCGCGGCGCCCGUACCUCAGACCGCAACCAGAAUGGCGACACUGCGCUCCAUCUUGCGAUUCAGCACAAGCACGGGGAUGUGGCCACGCUUCUUGUCGAGGCGGGCGCCGAUAUCAGCGUCCUCUCGAAAGGGCAGAGUCCGAUGCACUGCGCCUGCCAACAUGGUGUCGUUGAUGUCAUCCCGGCCCUGAUCGCCCGCGGCGCCGACGUCAACUCCCAGUUCAACUUGACGUCGCCGCUGAUGAUGGCAACUCAUCACAAUCACGCAGACGUGGUUCGGGCGCUUCUACAGUUACCCGGCAUCGAUAUCAACCGACCCAACGCUCAUGGUGUCACCGCCUUGCACGUUGCGGCGUCCACGAAGUGCUACGAAAUCGUUCGGAUGCUGCUUCAAGCCGGCGUUGAUGUGGGGGUGCGGGCCAUUGAUUUGGUCAAGCCAGAUACAGACCGCGCCAUGCUCGAGCUGCUUCGGCCUGCGUACGAGCACCGAGAGCGGUUGCUGGAAGCGAUGCAUUUGGCAGACGUCGGGCAACUUGCGUAUCUUCUGGAGCAGCCCUAUAGCUGCAACAUCAAGGACGAGCUUGGGUGCUCGCUGGUGCAUUUGGCAGUGCUUGCCGAUAACGAAGCGAUGCUCGACCUGCUCCUCGCCGAGACCCGCGUCAAUUUGGCGACUCUCAACAACGAAAAGAAGACACCGCUAGCCAUUGCCAUCGAGCGCUGUUAUGGCUCGAUGGCCAAAAAGCUCUUUGAUCGGACGCUCCAACCGGUGGUCGAGAUUUCGACCACCGAGUAUGUCGAGACCCAGACGGAGCUUGGCUUUGGUGCCUUUGGUGUCGUUGUCCUUGGUUCAUACGCGGGUCAAAAAGUUGCAAUCAAGAAGUUCAGACACGCCGAUUGUCUCAAGUCGUUCGAGGCUGAAGUCGGCACCCUCCUUGCGUGCCCGUCGCCGUACCUCGUGCAGCUUGUUGCGAUCGCAGACCGCAACUCCAAGACGCCAACGCUACUCUUCGAGUACAUGGACGGUGGCAGCCUUCGGAUGCACCUCGAGAAGAAGCGCAUCAACACGCACACGGCAGCGCACGUGACGAACCUCCACGUGGCCUGGGUCGUCGCCAACGCCUUGCUUCAUCUCCAUGCCAAGAAUUUUAUCCACCGCGAUGUUAAGAGCGACAACGUCCUCUUGAACUCGAGCGACGAGAUCAAGCUCGCCGACCUCGGCUUGGCACGACCCGAGGCAACGAGCAUGACCGAAGCGCCUGGUACCCCGUACUGGAUGGCGCCCGAGGUCCUGCAGGCGGAUGGUGCCGUCUACGGCUGCCCCGCCGACAUUUACGCGUUCGGCGUUCUCCUUACCGAGCUCGACACGUGCGAACUGCCGUACUUUGACCAGGACGUUCAAGAUCGAAUUGCGUUUAACCGCGGUGUCAUCAACGGCACGCUUCGUCCGACGCUGACGACCGACUGCGAGCCAUGGCUGCGACAGCUGGCCGAACGCUGCCUGCAUGCCGAUCCGAAGGCGCGCCCGACAGCGGCGUCCAUUGUCGAGAUGCUCAGCGUUGAGAUGGCUGCUGCCCCGCCACCAGGCAUGAGCGUGGCGAAGACAUACCUGCACGCAGUGGCCACGGACGACGUCGACACGGUCGCGCAGCUGCUGACCCACGGUGUAGCACUGGACUGGAAGCUACCGGGCGGUGCGUCACUGCUUUUGGCGGCUACGGCGGCGCGUGCAACCAAGACGGUGAAGUUUCUCCUUGAUCGCGGCGCCAAUGUCAAUGACCCGAGCGGGGGGCAAACGCCACUGCACGCCGCUGUGACCAAGUCUUUGGAGGAAUUUCUCCUCAUUUUGAUCGACGCGGGGGCGGACGUCGAAGCACGCGAUCAAGAUGGAAGAACGCCUCUGGCGUUCGCCCUGAAGAAUCAGCUUUUGCAAUGCGUGACGGCGCUUCUCGCGACGGGGGCCAGUGUCGAGCGUCUUGACGAGGACGGAUGGGAGCUACUCGACAUGGCCAAACGGGACCAAAGCCUCGCCGAUCUUGUGCGGAUGCUCCACAUCGCUGCGUCACGGAAAGAAAACGUUGCCAAGCCCGAGAUCUUUUGCGUCAAGUGUGGCAACUGGCACGCCGUUGCCGCGAAUUGUUCGUGUAACCACAACGCUUCGCCGACGGACCGCAUGGUCGCGGUGGUCCGGCGCUUGAUGCGGCUGCACCAUCGCGGCUACGCCGUCAACUGGAUGCUCGCGUGCGCUUCCACCACUUGCCACCAGUCGACAAUGACUAUCGUCGACGCGAUCUGCCCCGAGUGCGGCACGGAGUCGCCAAAGAGCAUUACUAUGAUGCUGAACUUUCGCCUCAAGCAUGCUCUCCAACAACCGACGAGCGCGCAAGAAGUGCCACGCAUCCCGCGUCGCAUCCUGCGCUGGUUGGCAAGCCACCGUGACCCGCUGCCGCCAGCUGCACCCUCGUCGACCAACAUGAUGCAACGUCGCUCCGAGCGACGCAUGCGGGGCCACUCGGCAGAAGGCCUAGCACGCGAUAUGGCGUUUCUGGCAAUGCUCGCUUCCCGCCCGAUGCAACAAAACGAUCCGAUGCCGUGGGCAACCGCGGGUAUGUUUGGUCGGGCCGCCUUGGCUCGCGACUUGUACGCGAGCAUGUCGGAGCCCAUUGCGGGCGAGACCUUGCCAAAGGCGGGUGUACCCAUGAUGCUGCAUGACCAACUGGUCGUGCAUUACCACAUCGGCGACGACGACGAUCUCGAAGCCAUUGCCAUGUGCGCGUCGCCCUUUCUCGUGCCCAUCGUGGCCACCGCAUCGCCCAAGAGCGUUCUUCUCGAAGCCUCUCGCGCCCUGACCCUCCAGAACACGCUGCUGGUCCCGGGUGCACGCUCGCGCAUGCUGGCAGCGGCUCCAACGCUUCUGCAGAUCCUCUACGUAAUCGCCAACGCGCUUCUCGACGUUCACGAGCGCAGUCUCGUCCACGGACAUCUCUCGAGCCACAACGUGUUUAUGAGCCGCAUCGGCGGUAUCCAAGUCGGCGUGCCCGGGAUGUCGGCGACCGACGAAGCGCUGCUGGCAUGGACGGCCCCCGAGGUGCUCACCGGCGACGCGCCGCCGUCGUCGGCCUCUGACAUUUACGCGUUUGGUAUUCUUAUGACCGAGCUCAACACGUUCCAGCUGCCGUUUGACGACUUCAAUUUCGACGACGAAGUGGCGCUCACGACGGCGGUCGUGGAUGGCGGCUUGCGCCCCACGCUGCGCGACGACUGUGACGCGUGGUACCGAACCCUUGUCCGUCGUUGCGUGGAUGCUGACCCGCUCAAUCGCCCGACAGCAAAGGACCUCGUUGAGCUGCUGCAAGAACGGCUCGAUGACACCAUUGGCAUGCGCAACGCCUAG